GCAGUGCAACAGAGGUUCGAAGCCAACCAGUAGACGGUAACAGACAGCACUAACACGGUAAGGGAAUAUCUGAAAGGAGACGGAAAGUACCACAAUGAGAGGAACCCGUUAGAAUUGGCCACGUUUUGCUUUGGUGGAUUAUUACAUACAAUGGGACAGCCAAGUUACUUGUUCAGUCUGUCACAGCCAAACCGUACCUGCGGAGAAUGGGAAAGGUGAAUGAAGAUGUUGAAGGAGUAAGAAAACGUAAAGCUUUCAACUUUGCUAAUAUUUUGGAUGGAGUGUGAAACUGCUAUUGAAUAAUUCAUACACAGUGAUGCCCAAUAAAAAUUCCUACAGUGCACAUAUUUUCUUCUUGUUUUAAUGUGGUACUGAAUUGACUGCAGCAAGUUAUUUGGCGCCUCGGUGAUUUCCAUGAGCCAAGUCAUGUCAUGAAAGAAUAUGCCAGAAAGCCACAAUGAUCCCUGACUACAACAGCACAGUUUCCUCUUUCUUCUUCAAUUCCAGCAUCUUAUGGAACCAUGAUUCACAGAGUGGAGCAGUUCUUGGCAGCAGGCCAGUAGACCAAAGUGCCAAUGGCUUGUUCAAAUCAGCCGUACUUUCUCCCACCACUUCACUGGAAUCGAAUGGGUCUGCUCUAAGUAAUAGUACAGUCGACCCCCUCGGAGGUCACACUGUUUGGCAAGUUGUUUUGAUCGCCUUCUUAACAGGAAUACUUUCUUUGGUGACAAUAAUCGGAAAUAUUCUGGUUAUAGUCGCGUUCAAGGUGAACAAACAAUUAAAAACAGUGAAUAAUUACUUUCUCCUAAGUCUCGCGUUUGCAGAUGUGAUCAUUGGAGUGAUUUCAAUGAACCUGUACACAACGUACAUCAUAAUGGAUAGAUGGGCUUUAGGAAAUGUAGCUUGUGACCUGUGGCUUGCUAUUGACUAUGUUGCCAGCAAUGCCUCUGUCAUGAAUCUUCUAGUUAUAAGCUUUGACAGAUACCUAUCAAUUACUAGGCCACUUACCUACAGAGCAAAACGAACUCCCAAAAGAGCUGGGGUGAUGAUAGGGCUUGCUUGGAUUGUUUCAUUUGUGCUCUGGGCCCCUGCUAUUUUGUUCUGGCAAUAUUUUGUUGGUGAGAGAACAGUGCCACCCGAUGAAUGUUUCAUACAGUUUUUAUCUGAACCAAUAAUCACUUUUGGUACUGCCAUUGCUGCAUUUUACUUGCCUGUCACCAUCAUGACAAUUCUGUACUGGAGAAUUUACAAGGAAACUGAAAAACGCACCAAAGAACUGGCAGCUCUCCAGGCCUCGACCACUGACAUGGAAGCCAUCCAUUUUGUCCAUCAAACGGGCAGCUCCAGGAGCUGCAGCAGCAACGAACUGCAGCGGGCAGAAAUGAAAGAGCAAAGGAGGCUCAGGAGGUGCCGUUUUUGGGCAGACUCAAAGACGUGGAAGUCCAGCACCGAGGGGGAGCAAGAGGGAAGCAGCAGCGAUAGUUGGAAUAACAAUGAUGGCGGUGGCUCUUUAGAUCAUUCUGCUUCAUCUGAUGAGGACGAUGUUGUGCCGGAAACGCGAGCUAUUUACUCCAUUGUGUUAAACCUACCUGGAUUGAAGACGGCUGCUAGCCUCUCGAGAUCCACGAAUGCCAAUAACAUCGACCUUUGCAGUGAUGAACUCGUCAAAGCAGAUAAUAGUGUAAAGGGGAAGUUCCAGUCACAGGAGAUCAAGGACCCAGACGAGCAAGGCAACAGCUUUCACCAGCAUUUUGCCAAGCUUCCUGUUCAGUCACUGCCAUCAAUCCAUUCCUCAAAGACUUCUAGAGGAAUUGCAUCUUUAGCAAAAUCAUCCACUUCUAUGUCUCUCAGAGAAGCCACAGUUGCUAAAGCAUUUGCUUCCAAAACAAGAACUCAGAUUACAAAGCGUAAAAGAAUGUCACUUGUAAAAGAAAAGAAGGCUGCGCAGACACUCAGUGCAAUUUUGCUUGCCUUUAUUAUCACGUGGACACCUUACAACAUAAUGGUACUGGUGAACACAUUUUGUGACAAAUGCAUUCACGAUUCACUGUGGCAACUAGGUUAUUGGCUGUGCUACGUCAAUAGCACUGUGAAUCCCAUGUGCUAUGCACUGUGCAACAAAACCUUCAGAAACACUUUUAAAAUGUUACUGCUCUGUCACUGGGGAAAAAGAAAAAAACGCAGGCAACAGUAUCAACCAAAACAAGCUGUUAUUUUCCAUAAGAGGAUCCCAUGCGAGGCUUCCUGAAGCUACCUUCAUCAGAUUGUAAUUGUUUCUGUUUGGUAUCAAUUAACAGCUUUGGUCAAGAGCAUACAGGCUAUCAGUGUUGUGAGCACAUGGCUAAAGUAUACGCUGCUUUGUAUUAUGUGUCGGAUGGUGUUUACAUGAUGUAGACAGCAGUACCAGUAUUUAACUAGUGUUGAUGUAUUUAAAUUGUAUAAUUUUGUCUUUCUGUUCAUAUAAAGUCCAUGUAUGCUUUUGCUUAAUAUUUAUUUAACAUGAAUAUACUACUUAAGUCCUUGAUGCUAUUAUCUCAUGACAGCAACAAUGAUACUGGAUUUUUCAUCCUAAACUGCGAGAGUAAUGUCAUAAGCAAUCAUGUGGGAGUACAGCACUUGAAUACUGCUACAAAGAGAGAUUACUUGCUCAAGCUUUUCAUUUGCACUCAUCGGGACAAACACAAGAAUGACAAAUUUCAAUCAAUUACAACAGAGAAAGAGAUGCUGAUGGACUGACACUGAUUGGCGAUGGCAUUGAUGUGGUAGGAUGUAUUGGCUUCCCAGGGUUCUGGGUUCUUCAAAAAAGGCAUCAGGAAAAGAUACAAGGGCAAGCAAUGGAGUCCUUUUACAGUAGAUCAUUGCAUCCAUUGAUAACCAUUGACACCCUGAUCCUCCUCCUGGGAGUUUUGUUUUUUUUUUGCUGUCCGCUAAAAUUAAAGUCAUUUCACUUUUCUCUUCGGUAAAUCAGUGUUCACCCUACCAAUCAAUCAUCACUCUUUUCUCCUGUAGGAUUAGUUGUUUGAAAUUUGGCAUUCAUGGGCUUGUCCUGAAGACCACAAGACCAAAUGUUUCAGCAAGUUGUCUUUUCAGCAAUAGUCAAGUGUUGCCAUCCUCCAAUCUUCACAACUGGUUCCUCUCAUUAUCACUCACCUUACACAAAAUUACCCUUUCACACUUCUUGAAGUCGCUUACUGCCCUAUGUUUUCAAUGUAGAAAGGGUGUGGAUGGACUGUAUACUUGACUUUGAGCUAAACUCCAAUGUGAUAUAGUUUAGUAGGAAAGAACUGGUUCUGCUAAGAAAAAAAGUUGUCUUCCUCUUCACCCAGACAAAAGUAUAUUCUCUGUGACCAAAAUGCUUUCUGCAUCAGAGGCCAACCACAAACCCAUGCAAAUUAACCCAAUAACAAUUGGAGUUAGAAAUUGAAUUUAUUUGGUUAAGAAGUCCCCUGUUCUCUUCCUUCAACCCCCAGACUGCUAACUGUGAUUUAUCUUUGGUGUAGGAAAACCAAGUUAUUGACACUAUGAUGAAAAAGAUUUGACAUGAAACAUGUUGAACUUUAUGUGGUAUCUGUAUUCUUUGGUGUAAUUCGUUUAAAAAGGACAAUUGAAAACCAAAGAUUGCGAGAGAGGAUUUUAUAUGAUACAUAUCUAUUUUAACUCAGAUUAUGUAUUCAAACCAAAAUCAAAGUAUUCUGGGCCUAUAUUGCCAUUGCA